UCUGUCCCUCAUCUCCAUGGUGCGGGGCCGCCUCCCGGCCGCAGCGACGAGGCCUCCCCUGCACCGGUUCCCUGCGGCUCCAUGGCAUCUCCCCGGACCGUCACCAUCAUCGCCCUCUCGGUGGCCUUGGGGCUCUUCUUUGUCUUUAUGGGGACCAUCAAACUCACCCCCCGGCUCAGCAGGGAUGCCUACAACGAGAUGAAACGAGCAUACAAAAGCUACGUGCGGGCCCUCCCCAUGCUGAAGAAGAUGGGAGUCAGCUCCAUCCUUCUCCGCAAGAGCAUCGGUGCCCUAGAAGUGGCGUGUGGCAUUGUCAUGACACUGGUGCCCGGUCGCCCCAAAGAUGUGGCCAACUUUCUCCUCCUCCUCCUCGUGCUGGCUGUGCUCUUUUUCCACCAGCUGGUGGGGGACCCGCUCAAGCGUUACGCCCAUGCCCUGGUUUUUGGGAUCCUGCUCACCUGUCGUCUGCUGAUCGCCCGCCAGCCUGAGGAGCAGCCGCCAGAAAAGAGGAUCCUGUCGGUAAACGGGGAUGAGCAGCCACUCCUCCAUGAAGCAGCUCCCGAGAAAGGGAAGAUGAAGGUAUCCUAGUUGAGUGCGUGUGAGAAAUACGGACCCUCGAGGCAGCUCUCUCCAAAAUCACCUGGAAAAUUUGUUUUUUUAUUUACCUAUUUAUAUUUUUUGUCUGUCUAAAUAAAGUUGCACUUGGGGUCUGAGAGACAC